AUGACUCUGAGCUGUAGCCCGGAAGUAGUGAUGUCGACUCUUUGCGGAUCAUUCUGGGAACUCGAAGUUCCUUGUAAUCUCGUCGGUCCCUGGUUGCAUCCGCUUCUUAACGAGGUACUAAGUGGAACUUCCGGCACGGUUGACUAUGAUUACGAAGUGCUUGCUUUAAUGGGUGCUAUACGUCGACCAAAUAUCAGUGCUCUCUGGAUUGGGGCGGCGACAAGCGGGUUAGCCCCAAAAAUCAUUCAAAAGGUGAGAAGAGGCAGGCCUCCUCUUGACGCACUUGCCUUUCCCUGGACUGGUUGUCCUCAAAGCUUUAUGGAUACUGCAGGCUUAGGUCUAUAUACUUGUGUGGAUGCAGAAUACAUUUCAAGGCUAGACGUAUGGCGCUUGCUCCAUCUCCCUCAAAAGGAGGGCGACGGCUUAUGCUAUCGCAACAGACCCUGCACACCAUGGGCACCCUGUGGAGCCUCUAAAACAAAAGAUUGCGCCCUUCGCGUGACCUUACACUUAAGAUGCAAUCGACAUGAGUACCAUUACGACCAUUGGAACUGGGACCUAGAAGAAGAUGCUGUUUUUCAGGAUCCUGGAUUUUCAACAACAACUAUUUCAACGACCACCGAAUAUCCUACCGACAUCUUGGAUAUCAAGGAACCCAUAAAUUUUCAGAAGAAGGAACUUGAUCAAAUGGCCUCUCAAGAAGCUUCACUGGAUAUCUUCCGUUGGUUCUUUAUCAAUGGGGAGGGUAUACCUCCAGAGACCAUAUAUGAAGACGAUUGGCUUAAAGAAAUAUGGGAUGAAGACGAAAGUGGCGAGGAAGCUGAUGAGGCUGGUGAUCAAGACUCGCAGGGGCUUGCUGCUACAAGUAGAGAUCGGGUGGAAACCUGGCUUAGUUCAGUCGCCUAA